AUGCCCCUAAUAAAGAAAGAAAACUUCAAGGACUUUAAAAACGCCAGUAAAUAAAUUUAUGAGUCGCCUUUCCUAAUACAAGAGUCCAGUAACACAACACUCACUAACAACUAAAUUGAGACAGCUGCUACCAUGUAUGGAGGAUCCAUAUAAGGACCUAGCAGUAAUAGUGGAUUUGAAACUCCAGCAAGAUAGACCAGAGAAACUAGAGACUCUAAUGAAUUCACUUCCAUUUCUAGUUAGCAGCAUCGCAAUUAAAGCAGAGAAAGCGCUCUAGCUGGGUAAUAUAUAGAUAAUUCAUAAAUAUUUCCAAACCAAGAAGCAUCAUAAAAGAAUAGCGGUAAUAAAUUUUUCACCAAAUAAGAAAUUCUCUACGAAUCUAAAGAGUCUUAAUCUAAUCAGUAGAAUUAAGACUAGGCUAGGAAGACUCACUUCCAGGUUUAAAACCGCGAAUCAUAAGCAUUACUAUAGAUAUAGCAGAACAGCAAUCUGUUUAUGACGAUGCGCGCCUAUAAUAUGAAAAAGGGUCGAAGAUCUUCUAAUAGCUACCAAUCUAAUGCUUCUUCUUCAUCUAGAGCUUAAGAGGAAUAAGAUAAUGCGGGUACUGAAAAUAUGGAGGAUAAAUUUAGCAAUGCCGGCACACUUAUUAAUAGCUCGCUCAUGAACUCCGAAAAAAUCGCCAUUACCAAUGAAACUUCUUGCAUAACUUCAUCUGAUCCUAGAAUGGAGAUGAAGGUGAACAGCAAAUAGACAGGAAGAGUUGUUCCUUAAGUUUUAGGAAUCAAUGUAUAGAAGUUUCCUCCUGGGUUUUUUAGUGAAAACAUGAUGGAUACUAGGCAAAGAAAAUAAAAGUCCAUCGAUCGAAUUAACAAUUAAAAUUUAUCGAUUAAAAAUGGAGAUUCCAAUUCAAUUAAUCUGCUUUCAAAAAUUGAAAGCUAAAAGGAACUGUCUAACUUCUUGAACAGUGAGAUGAUGCCAAUAGUCAAGGAAAUGCCAUCUUUGAAGGAAGUAAGAAGCGAGAAAAUUUUAAAUCCUGAAAUAUAAAAAGCUCAUAGGAAACUUAAGAUCAUCGGAAAAUAAACGAUAAAUUCUGAUUUACUUUAAGAUAUGAAUAACCAAAUUAAUUCAUCUGCUACUAGAAGCCUCAUUAAUCAAAGCAGGUUCGAUCAGACUUUGAAUUCUAAUCCAAGUUCUAUCAUUAAGUUCGAUGUUAAUCAACAACUCAAAAUCCAUAAAGUGAAAAGUGAGCCAAACUUAAAGAAAUAUUCAAAGGCAGUUAAGACUAAUUUGCCACCCCUUAUUAAUAAAAACUUCUUCACAGCAAACUAGGAUAAUUAAUAAAGCCUAAAGGGAUUUGAGGACUAACUUCAAAUCAUUAAUCUUAGUGGCAAAUCUAACACGAAACUCAUAGCUAUUCCUAAGAUGAGAGAGGCUUCUUAAUAGGAGUAAGUUAGACCUUACAAGUAUUAAGAGCCCAAGCCAUAAUACCGUUAGUAAAGUGCUCCCAUGCCCCCUGAGGCGAUGCUAAAGAAAAAAGAUGAAAAAGAUAUAAAUAACUUUCUAGAUGGAAACGACUUUCAUAAAAUUCAAAUGACUAUCACUAGAAAAGACGAUAAUGUCCAAUCAAUCUUUAAAAAUCAGAAAAUUUUCAAGAACCCAGUUAUAACUUAAAACGAUAAUAGCUAAAAUAAAUAUGAGUCACUUAGUAAAAUUAUAGAUAACAGUAAGUUUCUUUCAAGAAUACAGGAGAAGAAUUCAUCAUAUUUCCCACUUUCAAAAUAGACUAGUCCAAAAUAUAACAAUAUGCCUGCUCUCAUUACUAUUCACAACAAAGUCAACAAUAUAAACUUCAACUCUAACAUAGGGGGAUAAUAGAUCCCUCUUAGUGAGUAGAACUCAUUGAAAAAUCUCAACGACAUUAAUCAGAUACUUCUUCAUUAAAAAUAAAUUAAAAAGAUCUUGCUAGGAAGUAAUAGCUAAUAAGCAUUGUAAAAUUCUAAAACAAUUGAAAGAGAUCAAGAAACCAGCAGAAAAUAAAUAAAGAAAAUUAAUAUUAAACCUUAAAAAUAGAGAUUGCUGCCCUCUUUGAGGAAUGAUUAGUAACAGUUCACUGUAAAGGACAAUAAUGAACCCCAAAAUCUUCCCUAAAUGCUAACAACAUUUGGCCCAACUUAAAACUAACCUUCUAAGCUAAGUAUAUUUUAGUAAUAAUAUAUUGGCAAUGCACCGUCAAGGCGAGAGUAAAGCUUGUCUUCCAAUGAAGAGACAAAGACUCCCUUACAUGUUAAUUAGCAACAGAAUAGUCAGCAAGAUGAUGUCGAGAUGACAUUUGGCUUUAUUGGGCACUCAAACAUGGGCAAUACUGUAAGUAGCUCUAUGAUGAGAGAGUCUACAAGUGGCUACAGUAUAACAAAUGCCAACAAUACUAAUUCAUCUCAAAACAAGGUCUUUGGCACUACCUUCCUCAAAUCUCUGCAGGAGACUAGCAAUAAAACUCAUCAACAAUAAUUGAGUAAGUUUAAUAAAAACGAGAUUAGCAGCAUAAAUCAAAACACAAUCUCCUAAUGA